AUGGCCAUCACUAAGAUCCACGCCCGCACCGUCUACGACUCCCGCGGCAACCCCACCGUCGAAGUCGACCUCGUGAGCGAGACCGGCCUGCACCGCGCCAUCGUCCCCUCCGGCGCCUCGACCGGCUCGCACGAGGCUUGCGAGCUCCGUGAUGGAGACAAGUCCAAGUGGGGCGGCAAGGGCGUCACCAAGGCCGUCUCCAACGUGAACGACAUCAUUGCGCCCGCUUUCAUCAAGGAGGCGAUUGACGUCAAGGACCAAUCUGCCGUGGACGCUUUCCUGAACAAGCUCGAUGGAACCCCCAACAAGACCAAGCUCGGUGCAAAUGCAAUCCUUGGAGUUAGCAUGGCCGUCGCGAAGGCUGCCGCCGCUGAGAAGGGUGUGCCUCUGUACGCUCACAUCUCGGAUCUUGCUGGCACCAAGAAGCCCUAUGUGCUUCCUGUCCCGUUUAUGAACGUCCUGAACGGUGGCUCCCACGCUGGUGGUCGUCUCGCCUUCCAAGAGUUCAUGAUCGUGCCUUCCGAAGCCCCAACUUUCACCGAAGCUAUGCGCCAGGGUUCCGAAGUCUACCAGAAGUUGAAGACACUCGCCAAGAAGAAGUAUGGACAGUCUGCAGGAAACGUUGGUGAUGAGGGUGGUGUUGCCCCGGAUAUCCAGACGCCAGAGGAGGCGCUCGACCUCAUCACCGAGUCCAUUGAGGCGGCUGGCUACACUGGCAAGAUCAAGAUCGCCAUGGAUGUCGCCUCCAGCGAAUUCUACAAGGCCGACGACAAGAAGUACGAUCUCGACUUCAAGAACCCCGAUAGCGACAAGAGCAAGUGGAUCACCUACGAGCAGCUUGCCGACAUGUACAAGUCUCUAGCCUCGAAAUACCCGAUUGUCAGCAUUGAAGACCCAUUCGCGGAGGACGACUGGGAAGCCUGGAGCUACUUCUUCAAGACCUCCGACUUCCAGAUCGUUGGUGACGACCUGACUGUUACCAACCCUACAUUCAUCAAGAAGGCGAUUGAGCUCAAGUCCUGCAACGCCCUCUUGCUCAAGGUCAACCAGAUCGGCACCAUCUCCGAGGCCAUCCAGGCCGCCAAGGAUGCCUUUGGCGCGGGCUGGGGCGUGAUGGUCUCCCAUAGAUCCGGUGAGACCGAGGAUGUGACCAUCGCCGACAUCGUAGUGGGUCUUCGCAGCGGACAGAUCAAGACUGGUGCGCCAGCCCGAUCGGAGCGUCUCGCCAAGCUCAACCAGAUUCUCCGCAUUGAGGAAGAGCUUGGCGACAACGCCGUCUAUGCCGGGGAGAACUUCAGGACUGCUGUCAACCUCUAA